CAUGGCGUGGUGGCCAAUUGGAGCCUCUCUCUUUGCCAGCAGUGAAGGCUCAGGACUCUUCAUCGGGCUGGCUGGGACCAGUGCUGCUGGGGGCAUUGCUGUCACUGGCUUCGAGUUGAAUGCCACUUAUGCUCUCCUGGCCCUAGCCUGGGUGUUUGUGCCAGUCUACAUCUCAUCUGGGAUUGUCACAAUGCCUGAGUAUCUCCAGCGAAGGUUUGGAGGGGAGAGGAUCCGGAUGUACCUCUCUGUCCUGUCGCUCCUGCUCUCCAUCUUCACCAAAAUCUCUACAGACCUGUACUCAGGGGCCCUCUUUGUGCAAGUCUGCCUAGGCUGGGACCUUUACCUCUCCACUGUCCUGAUGCUGGUGGUCACAGGGCUCUACACCAUUGCAGCUUUUAACGAGAUUGGAGGUUACCCCAACCUGGAAGAGGCCUAUUUAAGAGCCAUACCCACCAAGAUUGUUCCCAACACUACCUGCCACCUGCCCAGAGCAGAUGCAAUGCACCUCUUCCGAGACCCAGCCUCCGGAGACCUGCCCUGGACCGGGAUGACUUUUGGGCUGUCUAUCAUGGCCAUGUGGUACUGGUGCACCGACCAGGUCAUUGUCCAGCGGUCGCUCUCUGCUAAGAGCCUGAGUCAUGCCAAGGCUGGUUCCAUCUUGGCCAGCUACCUGAAGAUGCUGCCCUUGUUUGUCAUCAUCAUGCCAGGGAUGAUCAGCAGGGUUCUAUACCCAGACACUGUGGCCUGUGUGGACCCUGAGGAAUGUGCCCGUGUGUGUGGGGCUGCUGUGGGCUGCUCCAACAUUGCCUACCCCAAGCUGGUGGUUGAGCUGAUGCCCAGUGGACUGCGGGGUCUGAUGAUUGCAGUGAUGAUGGCUGCACUGAUGUCAUCCCUGACCUCCAUAUUCAACAGCAGCAGCACUCUCUUCACCAUGGACAUCUGGAGGAAGUUGAGGCCGGGAGCUGGCGAGCGAGAGCUGCUCUUGGUGGGCAGGAUGGUCACAGUGGUGCUGGUGGCCCUCAGUGUGGUCUGGAUCCCUAUCCUGCAGAGCUCCAGUGGUGGCCAGCUCUACGUCUACAUCCAGGCUGUCACCAGCUACCUGGCUCCUCCUGUCACUGCUGUCUUCCUCCUGGCUGUCUUCUGGCCCCGAGCUAACGAGCAGGGAGCUUUCUGGGGCCUGAUGGUGGGGUUGGUGCUGGGACUGGCCAGGAUGGGGCUGGAGCUGGCGUACCCGACGCCCCACUGCGGGGUCCCUGACCGCCAGCCCUGGCUGCUUGCUGACAUCCACUACCUGCACUUUGCUGUGCUGCUCUGUGCCACCACGGGGGCCAUCGUGGUGGGGGGCAGCCUGAUGACCCCCCCAACACCUCCAUCCCAGCUGAAGGAUCUCACCUGGUGGACCCUCUCAGGGAAGCUUCCCCAGCCCUCUGUGGAUGACACAUCCCAUGGACCCCCUGAUGGUUCCUCCUCUAACACCCCAGGCAACCAGCAGCCAUCAAAUUGUGAGGGACUCCUGGUCACAGCCCUCAAGGACACCAGAGAGUCUCACUUCUGGGCCCAUGUCUGCAGCAUCAAUGCCAUUGUCCUGAUGUGUGUCAAUAUUUUCUGCUAUGCCUAUUUUGCCUAGCAGCCUGCCAGCCUCUGAAGAGGAGAAAAGUCCUGGCAAGGGGGAGAAACGGGGAUUUGGGUGGCAGUUUUGACUUGGCAUACCUGGGACGUGGGAUGCUUAAAUCCACUGGUGUAAUGAGCUUGGUGUUCUCGGCACCAUGGACUCUAAGUGCAUCCUGGGGAGCUGUGAGUGGUAUUUGUGGGUGUAGUGAGUCCUCAGGAGGGGCCUGGGAAGAGAUAUUGGAGUGGGCAAAUGGGGGCUGAAGGGCAGAGGGGAUAUGGGGAGAGACAUUG